AUGAAAAGAAUGGUAGUAUUUCGCAUUUUUAUUUCUAUAUGCAUUGGUAUUAUAACGGCUAUAAGUGCAUCUGCAACAAUUCUUUCGGAUACUUUCCCUGAUGAACUCCUUACUCGAUGCCUCUUUGCUUUUCUGGCUAUAAUGUUUCUAUGGGUAUUUGUUGAAACGAUCUUAAAGAAUCCGCCGUCUCUGAAAUUCUGGAGAGAUUCAAGAAUGAUUCAUGCCAUGCAGGACAAUACAGCAACUCAUUAUUGA